UUGCCUGACAUCUCACUGCUCAGUCUCCACCUAGCUGGCUCCAUGCAUGUAAAGGAAACACGGACCGAAGGUAAAAUGAAGACAGGUGUCGCUGUAAUAUCUCCCACUUCAACAGAGGACAGUCCAGAGGACACCAUGGUGCAUUUGACAUCAAUCCUCCUUAAGAAGUACCACGGGGGUUAUGUCGUCCUCAGACUGGCCUUGGCAGGCCACAAACAGGCCAACAGACCCUUUUAUCGUAUCGUGGCAGCUUACAACAAAAGAGCCAGAGAUAGUAAAUACAUAGAGCAGCUAGGUACCUACGACCCGCUGCCUAACAUCUACAACGAGAAACUUGUCAGUUUCAACUUCGACCGGAUCAAGUACUGGAUCGGCUGUGGUGCACACCCUACAAAACCAGUGGCCAAACUUCUGGGUCUGGCAGGAUUUUUCCCCCUGCACCCGAUGACAAUAACCGAGGCAGAAAGGCGAAGGGCCCAGGCGGCGCAGACAGGAACGGCGACGGGGGAUUCUCAGGAGGAGGGCCAGAAGCAGGCGGAAGUGUGAGGGUCAAAGCGGAGGACUGCCAGACUGUCCGGUUCAAAGGGAUGCCGCAGUUAUUUGGAAAGAAAAUACUACUCCUACUUUACUGGGUGCACAGCUAACAGCAGACGGAGGAGGUCCCAGUUGCUUUAGCGGUCUCUUCAUCCCACUCGCUGCUAAUGCCUCCUGGAAUUCAGCAGCUUUUUCUUUGUGACUGUGGAGUCCCAUUUGCGGCCCUGUUUCAUUGCUUUUUGGGGUUUAAGUUGUCAUUUGGUUCUGUUAUCCUGUAAAUCAUUUAUGGAAGGCCAGAACCAACAACAUGUUUUAUAUUAUUAAAUAAAGUUUCCACUGAAAUGGAUCUCUGAGCUUUGGAAUCCCUCCAGCUGU